AUGUCUUCAUGUACCGGACGAAGCUCGUGGAGAUUGGAGGGGACGUUGCGGGUGCUGUUGCUGGCAGUUUCUUCUCAGGGAGUGGUGGGCGGUCAUGAUACUACUGGGCACGUGUGGUCUGUCGUGGACGACAUUUGCCAGGCUCUUGUGCGAUUGGAUGGUACAUGUCUGCAAGUGUACUCUUCUUCUUUGUCGUCUGCUACGCGUGGUAAUGUUCUGCGGGCGAUUAUCUUAACGGGGGACGCGGGUUUACAUCAGUUACUUUUGGGACGCGGCGAGGAGAAGGACACUUCCUUACUGAAGCUGUCCGGAUGUCGGGUGGGCGCCGAAGCCGAAGGGGAGAAGCAUGACGUGCCGAGUGAGGAACAGCUUGUGGAGGUGAUUUCAACGCACGUGAUGGCAUCGAUGAAUAAUGAUGGAUCGUGGGAGUCAUUGAAAUUAUGGAAUUCGCCCCAGUGGUUUAUUUACGUUUCUGGCGAUACUGCACUGCAUCUUACUGGUGCUGCUGCCUCCCUUCCUGCAAGUGUUCUUCAGCAGCGUCCCGGUAUCGUGUUGUGGUUUCAUCCCGAAGAAGCCCCCGUUGUAUGCGAUGUACCCUCGCCAGAGGCUACCGUGUGGUUUGCUGACUGGUGGAGGAGCUUACAGCGCAGCCUGUUACUUCCCAGUGUGGAGCCUGCCAUGGACCUGUUGUUGUUUGGCCGGCGGGAAUAUUCUGGUGAUGCGACAGCUCCGUGCUUGACCCCCGGCUGUUUGCUUGUCGUCGAGGACGACAACGGGAGCUGGCAGGUGGACUGGAAUCACACGCCAUUUGAAGCGACAAUCUCAUCGCAUUCGAUGACACCUCUUUUGCCGCACGAGGAAAUCGGCGACUUCGUCCGUCAAUCGUCGUUUUGCUUUCCUACAGAAAUGGAGGAUUUGCCUAUUCCAAAGAAGGGACAGCGGCUCCCGGAUCGGCUUUCCUCCGAGGAUGUGCUUGAGAUGCUUGCUUCGGAACCCGUCGCGAAGUCAUCUACGGAGUAUUCCGUCUCUGAAAGUGGUGAAAUCGCGCCUCUACUGCAACUGGAAUUUAUUCAGGGAUGUUUUGCGCAAAUUUUUCUUUGUAUUUUUGCCGAUGAUACUUCACUGAAACCGUUGAGUUUUGCAGAACCUCCACCAUUUCGUUCAUCAUCAUCAUCAUCGUCGUCGCUGGUUUGGUAUCUGCAGCUUGUUAUGCAAUACGCUGAAACAGGGGGAACACUCACGUGCGCCUUGGGGGGUUCCCCGCAGCUUUUUUUAACUCCUUCUGCGGACACCGCCUCCCGUUUCUUUCUCUCGUCUGACGAAGCAUCGAAUAAGGAGUCUGCGGGGUGGAAUUUACACUCGGUGGAUCAUCCAGGUGUUUUGAUGAAGGCGGUGCCUUCCAAGAACGGGUGGCAGUUUUUCCUCUUUUCUCGACAGGCAAUGUCACCAACGCCUUGUGUGCGCGUUACCGUAACCUCGGCAAACCGUGAGGGGGUUCAGGAAAGAAUAUUUGCGUCGGAGGCGGCAGCCUCAUCGUGUAGUGGUCUUGUUUAUCCAGAAACGAGGGUUGUGCUGGAGGAUGAACUGCCGAAACGACAGCGAGAAGCCCUCUUCUGGCGGGUUCGAGUUGUGCCUCCAGAAAAUGCAGAAGAAUUAUUGUAUCUCGCUGUGAACCUUGAUUCUUUUGGGCUUGCAGCCGUUCAAACCACGGAACUUUCGAACACUUCGUUUUUACCCGUGUAUGCCUCAUUGACACCGUUAUGGCGAGCGCACAUAAUGACGCAAAUGAAACGCCAUCCUCACAGUUGUGGCAUCGGCCCACGUGCUUCCUGCCAUUUGCCGUUUUCAUUAAUUUCCCCUACGAGCUUUCAAAGUUGUGUCACGCUUGGGAGUCGCUUCUCACCAAUGAGUGAAAAAGACUUCUUUUCGUCUUGUUUUUCACUUCCGGAAAAGAUGAAAAGGGGUGCGGCGUUUUUACAAGAAAUGGCCGGUCAAUGCCACCUGCCACUUUUUGUUGCUGCUUCUGCGCGGUUUCGUCAGGAGCCGCUGCAUGUUGUGUUUGUCGGCAGUUCCGCAGUCGGGAAAACAACGAUGGUGCAGUGGCUUUGGGCAUGGAGUCGGGGUUGGGGUGAUGCGCAUAUGCUGCGUGCGCUACACAAUUGGCUUCAGCGACGUGGCGAUGAUAUUGUGGAAGGGAACGGUGAGGAGGAUGAGGGGGAAACAUCCGUUUUGACUGCCCUUCUGCAGUCGCCGCUGCCGUCCCCACUGCUUGGAGAAGAGACGACGACGAAGAUUCAGAGUCACCAGCGUGUAGAGCUAGAAAUUUGUGGUGAAACACACGUUUUUGUCGGCCAUGACGCGCAAUUUCUCUUGCAGUCUUUUGUGGGCGUUAACGAGGCGGUGCUGACUGUCACAGAUGCGGGUAUUCCCGUCUCCGUGAAGGUCGUCGACAUCCCUGGCUCCUCCCCACGGGAAUUGCUACGCACACACUGCAAAGCUGCAGAUGUCGUGAUUUGCGUUGUCGACAUGCAGGACCAGUUCAGUUUGUCGUGGUUGGAGGAGCGGCUGGAUGUCAUAGCCGCCGGUUCAAGCCUUGAGAAGGAGACGGAAUGGAGCGGUUCUUUUGUUGCAGCACGCAUCUGGCAACAACAACAAAAAUUUGUACUCUUGAAGGUGAAUGAUGAAUCGCCUCGACAGGUGGUGUUUUCGCGAGAUGUCCGUCGUUUUUUGCGCCGUUCGGGCGAGGUGAUGAGAACACCGAACAUCCCAUGGCUGCUUUGGUCUUUACCAUGUGUGGACGAAGGGGCAAUUUUACGCUGCAGUGGGAUGUUGUAUCGAGAUUUUGUGAAAUUAUUGCAAGAACGACAUGCGUGCCGUUUGGUCUUUGCUGUCAUGGGGUGGGAAAAUGAUAUCGUUAUUCGGCUGCAAAAGCUAGCGUGCCGCAUGGAUGACAAUGAUGGUCACAGUAAUGACAACACGAUGAGGGAGCAACCGAGAAUGCAUGAGUUAUUUGAGGAGAUGGUCUCCAAGGAGUUGGGUCGCACAAUUCCUACUUUAUCUCCCUCCAUUUGUGAUGUUGUCGCGAAGGAGGUUUUGCGGAGUGGUGCUACGACACCAUUGACGAAGGGACUGCCACUCUGGUGGCGAGUGUUGCGAUGGCUAAUGAUGGGCUUCUCCAUCUCGGAUCCGCUGGCGCACUGUGUGUGGCUUGCAGUGCAAACGGAGAGGGAAAAUAAAAGCGUUCCUGGACAAACUAGCAUCGGCAACAACAAUAACAACAACAUCUUUCGUGAAAAUGAAGAGGGGCGUGGCAAUAAUGAUGUCGACGACGAGGGCGACGACCUUGAAAUUUUAGAUGCCUUGUCUAAUUGGUGGGAGCAUCCCAUUUCACUGCGGCGAUUACGUUUUUUUCUUGAGGAGUUCUACCGUCUUAGGUGGAAUUCCCAGCAGUCGUCCAUGGAUUCUUUUGUGUUUAUCGCCCUUCUUGCACGUGAUGUGGCAAAACUCACCUUUGUGAAUAUAUCCCUGGCGUCUGUGGGAACGUGGCUGGGCCAUGCAGUGGGCUCAGGGAAUAGAAUUUCUGAUGGCGGGGAUGCAGUGGAGUUGUUUUUUGCCCUCAUGUUUUGUAGGAUGGGGGGUGAGAGACUUUCCGCCGUGCUGCCCGAGGACACCAACAAGCGGACUAAAUUCUUCCAUGAGUCUCUAAUAAUGUCGUUGGUGGUUUUUCGCCUGCUCCAUGAUGCUUCACCACUUUUGGGGGCGCUGCAUUGCAUGCUGCCACAAGAAGGUGUGGAAAGCAACAGCAUGGUGUCAAUACACGGUAAUUUGGUUUUGCAGCGCAUCCAUAAUCCCUUUAUGAUUUCAACAGAAGAAGAAAAAUUAUUUUACGCGGUAGUAAAACAGGCAAUGGGUAGUGGGUCGGAAGAAACGGUCUGCAAAUUACACGACCGCCCUACGCCAUCCUCCAAGGAGUGGGAGUUUAUUGAAGACGACGCAGAGACUAUGUCUUCAUGGAAUGGCACUUUAUAUUUUGAGAAUAAAAAGGGACGACGUGCCAAAAAUGCGUUCUCCGUUCUGGAAGUGGUCCGUUCUUUCCGUAAAGUGUGGCCAGAGGCGGAUUUUGACUACCCUUUGGAGUGGUAUAACAAAUGGACUGAGGAAGAAGAGGCAAGGUUCAUUGACGCCUUUUACCGAGCCAUUCAGAGGUAUGAAGAUGGUGAACAUGAGCUGCGCCAGCGAGUGUGUGGUGACGAGGCGCUAGAACGCUUUGCUCCUCCCCGACGCACGUACAUUGUCACACAGCCCGGCUACACAGAGGUGGACAUGGAGUUGGAGGCGCUUUACUGCGGCGAUGCCACAACAGUGGAGGAAGAGGAUCUGGCACCGCUUUCGCGAUGA